AUGAGCAGAUUGGAAUUGUGGACUCAGAAACCACAUGAUUUUAUUCCAAUCACCUUUGCCUUUCUCAAUCGCAGAAUUGAAUCAGCAUUGCAGAACAGCUUUAAAUAUAAAGUCAUUUUGUAUGCACUUAAUCAUGGUACAUGCUUAGAUAAAGGAGUUAAUCCAAGAGAAUAUAUUAAACUUAUUAUCCGGACUCUGAUUGCAGUAAAGGAAAGAAGAUAUAUUGUAGACGAAUCAGAGAAAAAUGUGAAUCAUUUUCUUCAAUUCUUCAUAAUUCAAGAAACUGCUUGA